ACCCGGAAGCAGCCCCGGCUUCGGGCGGGAGGAUACGAGCGCUUUGGAGCCGCGGCCCGACGGCACAGCUGUUACCCGGACGAUGGCGGGGACGGCGCUCAAGAGGCUGAUGGCCGAGUACAAACAAUUAACACUGAACCCCCCAGAAGGAAUUGUGGCAGGCCCCAUGAAUGAAGAGAAUUUUUUUGAAUGGGAGGCAUUGAUCAUGGGCCCAGAAGACACCUGCUUUGAGUUUGGUGUUUUCCCUGCCAUCCUGAGUUUCCCACUUGAUUACCCGCUAAGUCCCCCAAAGAUGAGAUUUACCUGUGAGAUGUUUCAUCCUAACAUCUACCCGGACGGCCGAGUGUGCAUCUCCAUCCUCCAUGCGCCGGGCGACGACCCCAUGGGCUACGAGAGCAGCGCCGAGCGGUGGAGCCCCGUGCAGAGCGUGGAGAAGAUCCUCCUGUCGGUGGUGAGCAUGCUGGCAGAGCCCAAUGACGAAAGUGGAGCCAAUGUGGACGCUUCCAAGAUGUGGCGAGAUGACCGGGAGCAGUUUUACAAGAUUGCCAAGCAGAUCGUGCAGAAGUCUCUGGGGCUCUGAGGCCUCGCCCAUGCGUGCGUGCCCACACAGCACCAUGCGUGUCCAGUGUUCCUCCCUGCGACACUUGGUGACAGUGACACUGUGCUGGUACCAAAAAGGCAAGCUUGCAGAACCGCGCAUCGGUCUUCUUCCCACCGUUCCCACCCUGACAGGCUUCUCUUCUGAAAUUGUGAUUGAUGUAGGUAAUGUCAGCUGGGCGCAGCGGCCAGGUGGACUGUCAGAGCUGUCACCACUACCUCUCCCAGCUGCAGCGCCCGUGCACCCCACACUUAGGGGCUCCCCAGCCUCCCCAGGGACUAGAACCAGUAAUGCUCCUUCGGAAGAUGCAGGGCCGGGAGCCCAGGCAGAGGGCGGGCCAUCUUAGGGGAUCCCUCUGGUCCCGGUGCCCCCCGAGGACGUAACUUUGGUCCACUACUUCAUACUUUACAAGCAGAUGUUUUCCUUACAGCCUAGUUACGUCUUUUCCAUUUGUUGUGUAUUACAAACUGUCACACUUAGAACUGCUUUCAGGAAAUAAAUACAUUUUAAAAAUA